AUGCACUUCCUUGCGCUUCCGCCGCACCACAACCUGCCCUCAGACCAAGAAUUCAUUAGCCCCAUCAACAUGUCCGAAAUUACGCCCACAUCACAUGGCAUCAUUGAGGUGUUACGAUCGAUCGUUGCUGCGUCCUCCCAUCUCCUUUCGCCCGCCGAGCGCGACAGGAUCACAGCCGAAGAGUCAGCUCGCGCGUUCGCCCUAUUAAAUAUAGCAGCAGAUACCGCCUGGCAAUGCGCGCAUAGAGAAGAAAUAGACUCAAUCACACGGCUCGAGGAAGCAAAGCGGUGCCAAGGGGAAGUUGCCCCGGUGGGAGGGGAGCAAAUUAACCACGCUAGGAAACUGGAGAUUAUUAGAGCCGAGGCGGACAAAGUAGCGGAGGAGGCGGAAAGACUGAAGGUGGAAACGCUGAAGAUAAAGGCUGAGGUAGAAAAGGAAAUUUCCCAGAAGGAAAAACUUGUGGUGGAGGUCCAAAGGGUGAAUGCUGAGAUAGCAAUUUGCCAACUACGCCUUGAACUUCAUAACAAAGUUAUGAGUAUCUCUACUCAAGUAGUGCACGUGGAGCUUUAUAGUCCAAGCUUGCCCUCACAGGCUAUCAACCGGAUCCUGCGAGGAACUCAAAGAGGUGUUCUUCUCCAGAAGGAUAAGGCGCUUGAACUUGCGAUGAUCAACAUUGAAUCUCUAUUUAUUGAGGACCAAGUCCGUACACGUCUGGCGGUAGUAAGCCAAGGUUCCUGA